AUGGCCCACACCUCCCACUCUUCCCCCAUCGCUCUGGCAAAGGCCAUAAAGAACAAGUCUCUCUGCUUACCACCCAAGCAUCUGAUCCAGCCUGUCUCGGUGCCCUGGGACUUGCAAGGAGCAGCAGAGCAAGGUGGAACCGCUGGCAAGUUGCAGAUUUCCAUGAAAACUUUUAUGGGGAAGAUUAUCACUCUUGAGAUUGAACCCUCAGAUACAAUAGAAAAUGUAAAGGCCAAGAUCCAAGAUAAAGAAGGACUUCCUCUUGAUCAUCAGAGACUGAUCUUCACUGGCAAGCAACUGGAAGAUGGAUGUAUUGACUACAACAUUAAAAAGUAGUCCACUCUUCAUCUUAUGUUGAGAUUUCGUGGUGUUACUAAGAAAAGGAAGAGGAGUCUUUCACUACUCCCAAGAAGAAAAAACAUAAAGAAAGUUAAGCUGGUUGUCCUGAAGUACUAUAAGGUGGAUGAAAAUGGCGAAAUCAGUAGCCUUCAUCAGGAGUGCCAUUCAGAUGAAUGUACUGGAGUUCUUAACAUCAGACACUUUGACAGACAUUAUUGUGGCAAAUGUUGUCUGAUCUAUUGCUUUAACAAACCAGAAGACAAGUAAUUGUAUAUGGAUUAAUAAAAGAUAUGAACUAAAAAAA